AGACAUGCCUGGAACUAAAGGUGGACACCAGAAACCGAGCCAGUCAAAAGAACAGGACCCCGGUGCCAAGGUCCAAGAAUGCCAAGAGUCUAAACCAACGCCUUUUCAAGAAGAUCAUGGAGUCCAAGACCAUGGGAGCAAAAGCCAUGAGGGACCAGGUCCUGAAAAUAAAGGCCAAGGGGAGAAAGGCUCGGAAAGUGGAGGUCAUGGGGAGAAAGGCUCGGAAAGUGGAAGUCAUGGGGAGAAAGGCUCUGUAAGUGGAGGUCAUGGGGAGAAAGGCUCAGAAAGUGGAGGCCAAGAGGAGAAAGGCCAUGAAAGCAAAGUCCACGAGGAAAAAGGUUCUGGAAGUAAAGGCUAUGAGGAGAAAGGUUCUGGAAGUAAAGGCUAUGAGGAGAAAGGUUCUGGAAGUAAAGGCUACGAGGAGAAAGGCCCUCAAAGUGAAGUCCAUGGGGGGAAAGGCACUGAUGGUGAAGGCCACAGGGAAAGCGGAGCAGAUUACGCUGGCAAGUGAAGAUUCCAUUCAUCAUUUCCGCGAGUCAUAUCUGUACGCUGAAAAUGAGAAGAAAGCGGAAUCUGUUUGUUUAUUCUAAUAGAUGUUGAAAUAAAUAUUGAGUGCACUA